GCCAAAAUUUUUCUUAUGCCAACUGAAACUUCAGGUGCCCUUUCCUUCCCCCAGCCUCCAGUAUAAAAUACCCAAUCAGGUUCCCAUCCAAAACACAAAUCAAUACUCUCGCAUCCUCCUCGUUGAUUGACGCCUCCAUGCGCUUACAAUCUUAUCUAUCCAUGGUUUCAUCUCUGCUUUAUUGUUCACAUGUUGUGAAGAUGUUGUCGUUCUGUCUUAUGGUUAGCUCUUUAAUAAUGCUCCCCUCGUCUGCAAGCAGCAACUUCAAUCGGAACUUUGACACCACCUGGGGAGGCGGCCGUGCUAAAAUUCUCAAAAAGGGCAACCUCCUCACACUAUCCCUCGACAAAGCCUCGGGCUCUGGCUUUCAAUCCAAGCACGAGUACCUCUUCGGAAAGAUUGAUAUGCAGCUCAAGCUCGUCCCCGGUAACUCCGCUGGCACGGUCACUACCUACUAUUUAUCGUCACGAGGGUCGACUCACGAUGAGAUUGAUUUCGAGUUCUUGGGGAAUUUGAGUGGACAUCCCUACAUUCUUCAUACUAAUGUCUUCACCCAAGGCAAAGGCCAAAGAGAACAACAAUUCUACCCAUGGUUUGACCCCACUGCCGACUUCCACACAUAUUCCAUCCUCUGGAAUCCCCAGUCCAUCAUCUUCUCUGUGGAUGGUACACCUAUUAGGGAAUUCAAGAAUAUGGAGUUCAAAGGGGUUUCAUUCCCGAAGAACCAGCCGAUGAGGAUAUAUUCCAGUCUUUGGAAUGCAGAUGAUUGGGCCACAAGAGGUGGGCUGGUGAAGACCGAUUGGACCCAAGCACCUUUUACUGCCUCGUACAGGAAUUACAAUGCAAAAGCCUGUGUGUGGUCAUCCGGAAAAUCUUCAUGCACUUCCAAUUCUUCUCCUUCAAUCUCUACUACUUCCAAUUCAUGGCUCACAGAAAAGUUGGACAUCGCAAGUCGCAAAAGACUCAAAUGGGUUCAGAAGAACUACAUGAUUUACAACUACUGCACAGACAUAAAGCGAUUUCCCCAAGGCCUCCCUACAGAAUGCACCCAUGUCAACACAUCUAGAAGAAAUUAAUUAAGCCCUCCAAUCGAUUUCCUAUCUUCCUUUUUUUUUUUUUAAUCAGUCAAUUGAUUAAUUCAUUCAUUAGUUUCGGCACUUGUUAUUUUUUUAAAAAAAUUAUUAAGGCUCCGCUAAAUCUGAACUAUACAAAGGUAAUUGCCUAUUUUUAUCUCAA